AUGACCAAAAUCGGCUCCCUCCGUCGAGUACUCUUCCCCUGUUUUACGUCUAGUGCGAGCAUUUCCGACAUCAGAAGCACGACCACCACCAAGAAACGCCUCAGCACCUCCCUCCGCGACGACAUCAACCCAUCAACAGAAACAGAAGAAACUCCAGUUUCCGAUGACCAAGAAGAUCACGACUCAGACUCCUCCUCCCCCGUCGUACACUCUUCCCACAACCCAAUGGCACCACCACGAUCCUCCAAAACCAUGGUCAUCGGCACCAUCUUCGGCCACCGCCGCGGCCACGUCUGGUUCGCAGUCCAACACGACCGUCUGAAAACAAGACCUUCGCUCCUCCUCGAGCUUUCCAUCCCAACCCAGUCCCUCGUUCAAGAAAUGCGGUUUGGGCUCGUCCGAUUAGCCCUCGAAUGCCACAACUCACCUGAAUCUGAACUUGGAUCAUGUCCACUCCGGUCUGUCCCCGUCUGGACCAUGUUCUGUAAUGGUCGGAAAGUAGGGUUUGCCGUCCGGAAAAAAGCCACCGAACCAAUCCGUCUCAUGCUCAAAUCGAUUCAAUCCACGACUGUGGGUGCUGGCGUUAUUCCAUCUUUUGGAUUUGAAUCCGGCGGCGAUAAUGGCGGUGAGCUGAUAUACAUGAGGGCUAGCUAUGAAUGCAUUAUGGGUGGACCAGAUUCUGAAUCUUUUCAUCUGAUUAAUCCAGAUGGGUGUCUUGGUCAAGAACUAAGCAUCUUCUUGAUGAGGUCACGGUGA